AUGUCUCUGACUACAUCCGAAACUGGGAUCGUGCCCUCCGUCGAACGGUUCGUCAGCACGAACGACCUCCUCCAUCACAUCCGCGCCCUCGGCCUGCUUAUUGUCCUGACCCUGUUCGUCUCCAUAUCCGCCUAUAUUCUCGCACUCCAUUACGGCCACCCGACCGAAUUCUCCUCCUCCGAGCCCCGCGUGGGCUUCCAAGCGGACUCGGGCGGGCGGGACUCGAUGGACAUCAUCUCCGCGUGCGCCUCCACGCUCAUCACAUGCGUCUACAGCUCCGUACACUUCGACGUCCCGCGCUCGUACGCGCACCGCCUCUCCCUGCGCCAGAAGCUCGUCGCGCGCGACUACUGGCUCGAGCUCUGGGUCAAGGCCACCUUCUGGCUGCUCGGCAUCUUCUCGCCCGAGAUGCUCGUCCUCCAUGCCUUCUUCGAGUACAUGAUCGCGCGGCGCGACGUCGCCUGGAUGCGCGAGCACGGAUACGCCAAGUGGACGAUCGCUCUUGCGUUCGCCGCGGACAUGGGCGCCCUCAUCCCCGACGGCGCGAAGGAGGGCGAGCGCCCGCCGCACUCCGGCUUCGCGCUGCACGGGGUGCUGCUGCGGCACCACGCCCCGGGCGCGCUCGACUGCCGCGCGCUCGAGCACGAGCUCGCGGACCACACCAAGGCGGACGUGCUCUUCAAGCUGCUCACCACGCUGCAGAUCGCGCGCUUCUUCGCGGGCACCGUCGCGCGCUGGGCGGUGCGCCUCCCGAUCGCGCCGCUCGAGACGAUCACCUGCGCGUACGUCGCGUGCACGCUCGUGUACUACGGCUUCUGGCUCCAGAAGCCGUACAACGUGAACGAGCGCGUCGUCGUGCGCGUGCGCCCCACGCCCGACGCCGAGCUGACGGACCAGGACCCGCAGCCGGCGGCUGCAGCGGGGGAGGGCUCGAAGUGGGUACGCCCCUUGCGCGAGUUCUGGAAAGAGUUUUGUGUGCCCUUUUUGGAGCCGCCUAUGACGGAGAAAGACCGCUUGGACGGAAGUGAGCGCAUGGGGCAGAGGAGUCCCUACAUGACGCAGGGCUCGCUGGUCACGGCGGCGGCGAGCGUCGUCGUCGGGCUCGCGCACCUCGCGUGCUGGGACGUCGAAUUCCCCAACAGCAACGGGCAGGUGCUCUGGCGGUACUGCAGCGUGCUGCUGCUCGCGCUGCCCGUCGCGGUGUUCGUGAUCAUCCUCGGGGCCGCGAUCAUCGACCGGCCGCGGGUGACGGAGGUGAUGAACGUCAUGGCGCUGUCGAUGAUCGUCGUGUACUGCAUGGCGCGCGUCGUGCUGCUCAUCCUGCUCGGGCACUCGUUCCAGAGCCUGCCGAAGGGCGUGUACGACACGCACAGCGUGCCGUGGCUGUCGUUCAUCCCGUUCAUUCAUUAG